AGUUAGGCAAGUUCCUUGGCUACUGUCACACAGCCACCUCAGCUCUGCUCUCGAGGCACGCACUUGAAACACUCUGGGACUGAGCCCUGACCCUCCAAAUUUGGGAGCAUCUCCCAGACUCUGCAGACAGCAAGGCCCGUUCCCUGUCACACAGGUCACAUGGGUCCCGGGUUCACCUGUCCGUGGAGCGGCUCGCUCUCUGGCUUCCGGGUGAGGACUUGGAUCGAGCCUGUGGUGGCUUCAACCCAGGUGGCCGGUUCCCUCUAUGAUACAGGACUACUUCUGGUACUGAAGGAGUCCUUUGCAUCUGACGCUAGAGACUCCUCUAAUUACAGUGCCAACCAGUCGCUGGGGGAACGUCAGGAGGACCAACAGCAGAAGGCCAUCUCCAAUUUCUACAUCAUUUACAACCUCGUGGUGGGCCUGACACCCCUGCUGUCCGCCUAUGUACUGGGCUGGCUCAGCGACCGCUACCACCGUAAGAUCUCUAUCUGCACGGCGAUGCUGGGCUUCCUUCUGUCCCGCAUCGGACUCUUACUCAAAGUGAUGCUGGACUGGCCACUGGAGGUGAUGUACGGAGCAGCGGCGCUCAAUGGGCUGUGCGGGGGCUUCUCCGCUUAUUGGUCCGGGGUCAUGGCGCUGGGAUCCCUGAGCUGCUCCCAAAGCCGCCGCUCCGUGCGCCUCAUCCUCAUCGAUUUAGUCCUAGGCUUGGCUGGGUUCUGUGGCAGUAUGGCUUCAGGGCAUCUCUUCAAGCAAAUCGUUGGGCACUCUGCGCAAGGCCUUCUGUUAACCGCCUGCAGCGUGGGCUGUGCGGCGUUUGCCCUUUUCUACAGUCUCUUCGUGCUAAAGGUCCCUGAAGCUGUGUCCAAGCCCAACAAGGUGCACCCCACUGUAGAUACUGUGUCUGGCAUGAUGGGCACCUAUCGAACCCUGGAUCCAGAUCAACAGGACAAGCCUAAUAUACAGGCAAACCCUCCAACUCCUGGAAAAGAGAAGCCUUCCCAAGCCAUCAUUGCUCUGCUGUUUGUGGGCGCCAUUGUUUAUGACCUUGCUGUCGUGGGCACAUUGGACGUUAUGGCCCUUUUCGUGCUAAAGGAUCCUCUCCAUUGGAACCAAGUGCAGCUGGGCUAUGGGAUGGCUUCUGGGUACAUAAUCUUCAUAACCAGCUUCUUGGGUGUCUUGGUCUUCUCCCGCUACUUCCGGGACACCACGAUGAUCAUAAUUGGGAUGGUUUCCUUUGGGUCUGGAGCCCUUCUCUUGGCCUUUGUGAAGAAGACAUACAUGUUCUAUAUUGGAAAGAUUUUCGUCAUACUGCAGCUGUGCCUAGCUCUGACUGGGGUGGUGACAUCCACCAUGUACAACAAGAUCUAUCAGCUUACGCUGAACAAGUUCGCCGGCACCUGCUUUCUUCUGUCUUCUUUUCUCUCCUUCUUGGCCAUUGUCCCAAUUGGUGUUGUGGCCUACAAACAAGUCCCGGGGUCACGACAAGGAGAGUGUGCGGAUACACAGAGGAGCUGAAAUGCCAGCGAGAACAAGGUUCUGCCCGUGAGACCCAAGUUCCAGUCUUCCCAUAACCCUCGGGUCCCUAGUGGGAGGGAAAUCGCCUUCUGGGUGUUGCAGGAAAUUUCCUAGUGCUCCUCCAAUGCCUCUGCUAGGCAGAGGUCAGGCCUGGGUGUACCAGCUGCUGGCUCGGGCAUUCUGGGUCCUGGAGGGCUUCAGGCUCCAGCCAGCCAGCCCCUUACUUCCAUUGCUAUCUUAACGAUGCCAGUGGAGGAACAUGGGGAUCGUGCUAGUUCUAUGGAAGACUGUGACUAAAGCCUAAACUUCACCAGCCCAAGGGGAAUGAACACGAAACGGACAGUUUGCUAAAACUGACAACAGUUUUGCACACAUGACAACAGUUUAUAAAUUAAUAUAAAAUCUUGGGGAAAAAAUGAGCUUUGUUGGCCGAGCUUUCCUCGGCUGGAAGUAAGAGCAAUGGAGUGAAAGGUGGUGCUGCUACCUUUGUUGCUUUUCUUUUUCUUUUUUUCUAUUUUUUGUUUUUUUAAGAUGUUCUUUUUUAUUUUAUUUUUUUCCAUCUUUAUUAAAUUGGGUAUUUCUUAUUUACAUUUCAAGUGUUAUUCCCUUUCCUGGUUUCCAGGCCAACAUCCCCCUAACCCCUCCCCCUCCCCUUCUCUAUAGGUGUUCCCCUCCCCAUCCUCCCGCCAUACAUGUUCACUGGGGGUUCAGUCUUAGCAGGACCCAGGGCUUCCCCUUCCACUGGUGCUCUUACUAGGAUAUGCAUUGCUACCUAUGAGGUCAGAGUCCACGGUCAGUCCAUGUAUAGUCUUUAGGUAGUGGCUUAGUCCCUGGAAGCUCUGGUUGCUUGGCAUUGUUGUUCAUAUGGGGUCUCAAGCCCCUUCAAGCUCUUUCAGUCCUUUCUCUGAUUCCUUCACCGGGGGUCCUGUUCUCAGAUCAGUGGUUUGCUGCUGGCAUUCGCCUCUGUGUUUGCUGUAUUCUGGCUGUGUCUCUCAGGAGAGAUCUACAUCCGGUUCCUGUCAGCCUGCACUUCUUUGCUUCAUCCAUCUUUUCUAGUUUGGUGGCUGUAUCUGUAUGGGCCACAUGUGGGGCAGGCUCUGAAUGGGUGUUCCUUCAGUCUCUGUUUUAAUCUUUGCCUCUCUCUUCCCUGCCAAGGGUAUUCUUGUUCCCCUUUUAAAGAAGGAGUGAAGCAUUCACAUUUUGAUCAUCCGUCUUGAGUUUCAUGUGUUCUAUGCAUCUAGGGUAAUUCAAGCAUUUGGGCUAAUAGCCACUUAUCAAUGAGUGCAUACCAUGUGUGUUUUUCUGUGAUUGGGUUACCUCACUUAGGAUGAUAUUUUCCAGUUCCAUCCAUUUGCCUAUGAAUUUCAUAAAGUCAUUGUUUUUGAUAGCUGAGUAAUAUUCCAUUGUGCACAUGUACCACAUUUUCUGUAUCGAUUCCUCUGUUGAAGGGCAUCUGGGUUCUUUCCAGCUUCUGGCUAUUAUAAAUAAGGCUGCUAUGAACAUAGUGGAGCACGUGUCUUUUUUAUAUGUUGGGGCAUCUUUUGGGUACAUGCCCA